CAAACGUAUAAACAUAAUCAAACACGGCAAAGUCUCCCAGUUUACUCUAGUACCCAUCGUUCUCAAUUAUUCAUCUUGGUACAACACCACUGAAUUACUUGAAAUAACCCAACACAACUCGUUAUAAUAUCUUCAUAAUUCUCGUUUGUUCACCAAUCUUAUUCAUUUUACUACGUUUACUACUUUUAUUACUUUUACCGGUCUUACUACUCUUACUACUCUUACUUGUGUUCCAGUAUAUUUGUCGCAAUGGGAAAAGUAUUCAAUGUUGCCGUUGUAGGAUGUGGAGAGAUCGCACAAGUCACCCACAUCCCAAACCUCAUUAUCGCCUCGCACAUGUUCAAGGUCACCGCCUUGGUUGAUAUCUCUCGUCAAACCUUGGAUUAUUGUAGUGCGAAAUUUGGGAUUACCGAGACCUUCUCCUCAGUACCCGAUAUGUUGGCGUCAUCUGUGCCAGUCAACGUAGUGUUCAUCUGCACCGCCGAUCAGUACCACGCAGAGCAGGCUAUCCUGUGCGCUGAUGCCGGAAAGCACGUUAUGCUGGAAAAACCAAUGGUACAAACGCUUAAAGAAGCUGAUGCGGUAGAAGAGGCUAGAGUCCGCAACAAUGUGGUUAUCUUUGUUGGCUACAUGCGUCGGUAUGCUACGGCAUUCACACGAUUCAAGGAAGCCAUCGCUGGCAAAGACAUCAAGUAUGUCCGGGUCCGGGAUAUCAUCGGCGAUAACCGAUUCUUCACUCCUCAGACCGGCAUGUACCAAAAGAUGUUCACCGACUACCCCCCUGAAGCUGUAGCCGAUUUAAAGAAGCGAACAAAGGAUAAUCUAGAAGAGAACUUUGGUUCCAAGGCCACGGACCACCCCUCCAAUAUCGGUUCAUGGCAAAUACUUACAGCUUUCAGUUCCCACGCUCUUUCUGCUAUGCGGGAAGCAAUUGGGUUGCCCGAGAAGGUACUUGUCGCCUCUAGGCAUGGUGACCUCCUCCGACCGAACUGGUGGCAAGUUUUGUUUGACUACGGCAAGUUUAACGCGUUGUACGAAAUGGCGGUAGAUGAUGUCGGAUUUUUUGACGCCCAUAUUGAAGUUUACACUGGAGACUCUAGGAUCAAAAUCACAUAUGACAGUCCCUAUAUUCGUGCUUUGCCAAUCAAAAUGACAAUUCACAAAUCACUUCCAAACGGUGACUUCUCUGAGGAGAACGUUCGAUCUACCUAUGUCGACUUCUAUAAUCUCGCACUUCUAGAGUUUUACGCUGCCAUCACCGAAGGCAAAGCAUUUCCAACCACCGUUCAGGACGGAAAGCAGGAUGUCAUCCUCACCAAGAUGAUCAUGAAUGCUUUGGUCGACACAGCCCAAUAAAAUCGUUCCGACACUGAUAGAUGAUCCAUCCUCGCUUACAAAGCAGUUAUACGCUGGGUUUAUAUGAUGAAUCUCUUGUGGGGUUAUAUGCAUGAUAUUUACUUCUCGCUCGAA